AUGGAGGCUGUCAUGGUGAAACACAACCUCGGCAACGACGCCUCCAAGGUCACAGCUAAGAUGCUCUCAGACGCUUACAAAAAGAGCGGGGACUCACCGCCCAGCAACCCGACUCUUUGUAGCUACAAGAGGCUCGUGAUUGGGCUCAAGGCUCCUGCGUUUGCGGCAUUGAAGGCGGUGUCGGAAAGCGAGGAGAAGGGCGUGGAUAUCGGAUGCUUGUCGAAGAGUCUCCUCGACUGCGACGCUGUUCUCAAGUUCCCUCCCGGACGCGAGUUCGAGCAGUCUCUCCUCAUCCACAUCCUUGCGAGGUUUAAGACCAACGAACCGGGGCACAAGAUGCCUGCCAAGACCGACCUUCCCAAGCUGAAGCAACGGGCGCUCGACGCUGGAGAGUACUUCCAGCUCGUGACAUCCGUCAUCCCGUACGAAAGCUGGACUUCUCCUUUCCACAAGUCGUUUUACUCGUUGGUGUACGGCAAGCACACCGACUGGGAGACUUGGGGGAAAGGUCACAUGACAGUGAGGGACGACCACGUGGAGCACCGGGCUGGCAUGUUGAAGAAGAAUCACAAACUGUCCGAGGAGCAUGUCCGGAUCAUCAAGUCUCAGCUUCCCUCCAAGCUGGCUCAGGUUGCCAAGAAGAGUCCGGACAUGCAGCCUUUUGUUGACACCUGGGACAAGAAGAUGGCUGAGGUGGAUGUUUUCGUGGAACAGCACAAGGCUUCCGCUGACAGCUCGUCGUCAUCUAGUUCUUCGCCAGAGUCCUCCGACGACGAUGACUCGCCUGAGCUUCGCCCUUGCGGCGUGUGCAAGCCCCCUCCCGAUGAAGGGUCCAAGUGCUCGAGCUGCAACACCUUACAUCUCGAGACGUGCGCCGUCAUCAACAAAGGCCCCGGCACGGAUCUCGAGUGCAAGGACUGCCCGGACUCAAGACUCAUCAGAUGA